AUUUUAGUUAUUUUUCAUUACACAAAAUCCAAACAACUCCUCAGUCUAGCUAAGAGAAGAACUCUCGACUGAAGGAGCAAAAGCUAAUUACCGCCGGGGAAUCUGCAGCUUCAUUCAACCAAAUAUUUGCUCAGCUCAGAGGGAGAAAUUCAUUGAGUUUAAUGCUGAUUUAUUGAAGGUAUAACACAGCACCACGAAAAUGAAUGUAGUAGUAGCAUCAUCACCAUUGCAAGUACCAUAUUGCUGCUGUACAAAAUCCCUAAGCAAAAAAAGGAACCCAAAAUGUGUGGCCUCAGCUUCUGGCGCUACUUGUCUUGUAAUUGAUGAUACAAUUCAAGGGCAAGCUUCAACUUCAAUUGAAACCCCAAAAACACAGUCAGUUACAGCACGUCGACUCAUAUUGCUUCGACACGCCAAGAGUUCUUGGGAAAAUCGCUCAAUUCGGGAUCAUGAUCGUCCUUUGAGUAGAGCUGGACAACUCGACGCUAUCAAGGUCUCACAAAAACUCCUACAAUUGGGCUGGAUUCCAGAACUUAUUUUAUCAAGUGAUGCACUGCGAACGCGGGAAACACUGAAAAUAAUGCAAGAGCAAGUCCAAGCCUUUUUGGAAGCUGAAAUACAUUUUAUUUCAAGCUUUUAUUCUGUUGCAGCAAUGGAUGGUCAGACGGCUGAGCACUUAAAACAAGCAAUUUGUAAAUACUCGAGGGAUGGGAUCUUGACAGUCAUGUGUAUGGGACACAAUAGAGGAUGGGAAGAGGCAGCCUCAAUGCUUUCAGGUGUUUCUGUAGAACUAAAGACAUGUAAUGCUGCUUUGCUCGAAGCCACUGGGAAGUCGUGGGAAGAGGCAUUUUCUCUGGCUGGACCUGGUGGGUGGAAGCUUCAAGGGCUUGUGAAGCCAGACACUGCUGUUUAGAGUUAUUUUAGUUAAAGGAAUAUAUAAUCAUCCAUUUGAGGGACCAGCAGCCCAGCAAAAUGCAAGAUUGAAGCAGACUGGAUUACAAAAUAUUCAAUCGUCUGUUGCGAAGCUUAUUCAGGUAGCUUACUACCAAAACCACCCACGCCUGCUCAAGGGAUAAGACUACUAUUCCUCAACAUCAGUUGGUGCUUCACUUACUGUUGGCCCUGUCAUUGAGAUGUAAUCGUCUUUUGUACCAAAAGGCUGAUUUUCACUCAAAAGAUAGACGCUAGCUAUGCCAACAAUCUCAUGUGUAGAAUAAUUUUGCUGGAUAAUUCGAGCCAGGUGGACAGCUUGUCUUGCUAGAUUUGUAAAUUUGAAUUUAGCCAAAAGUCUAUUAACACGAUAUUUGAAUUUAGCCAAAAGUCUAUUAACACCAUGA